AUGGAUGCUUUGAAACAUAUAUUAAAAAAUGUGAGAGUGACAAAUUUGACAGAUUUAUUUCAGAGACUGCGUGGCGUGCUGACUGUGUAUUCCGUACUGUACGGAAUAUUACUGACUGGGCAGGCUGAUGGUUUUACCCGUGGGCCCGUGGCUGCCUGCCACGUGGCAGACGCGAGUUCAUCCAGUCUUUGUCCGCGUGGCGGGGGUGGCGCAGCCGGAGAGAAAGACCCAGCCCGGGAGCUGAGGGAGCUUGCGGAAGCGGGGAGCGGCGCUGGAGGAUGCGGCGGAGAUGGCGCUGCGGGAGCCGGAGCCGCAGGUGGAGGUCCGGGAGGACGCAGGCGGCGCCGGAGCGUGGAUGCGGGAGGCGCCGCUCGGACGGAUGCGGCGUGGACCGGGAGGAGGCGGGGAUGGCGGAAGCUGCCGGGAAGCGGGGGUGGCGCCGGGUGCUGGGCGGUGCAGGUGCGGGAUCUGGCCGGCAUUGGAGAUGGCGGUCAGAACGAGGUGCGGGACGUGGUACGUGUGCGGCAGAGGAGACGGCCAGAGGUGCAGACAGGUACGUGCACUGUCAGACUGCGUGGCGUGCUGACUGUGUAUUCCGUACUGUACGGAAUAUUACUGACUGGGCAGGCUGAUGGUUUUACCCGUGGGCCCGUGGCUGCCUGCCACGUGGCAGACGCGAGUUCAUCCAGUCUUUGUCCGCGUGGCGGGGGUGGCGCAGCCGGAGAGAAAGACCCAGCCCGGGAGCUGAGGGAGCUUGCGGAAGCGGGGAGCGGCGCUGGAGGAUGCGGCGGAGAUGGCGCUGCGGGAGCCGGAGCCGCAGGUGGAGGUCCGGGAGGACGCAGGCGGCGCCGGAGCGUGGAUGCGGGAGGCGCCGCUCGGACGGAUGCGGCGUGGACCGGGAGGAGGCGGGGAUGGCGGAAGCUGCCGGGAAGCGGGGGUGGCGCCGGGUGCUGGGCGGUGCAGGUGCGGGAUCUGGCCGGCAUUGGAGAUGGCGGUCAGAACGAGGUGCGGGACGUGGUACGUGUGCGGCAGAGGAGACGGCCAGAGGUGCAGACAGGUACGUGCACUGUCAGUAAAUUUGGGAGCUCACGAUUCGCAUUCCACAGUUUGAGUUGGAACGCUGAAGUUAAUUGUAGGGUGGAGGGCCAGAGUUACAAUCCUACAACAUAG